AUGGUAGAAAACCUCAUGGACGACGACGGGACUGCCACCACCAGCCAGCAGUCCAGCCCGGUGCUGGUCCCAGAGUCAUCAAUGUCUCCAGACACGGCUCACGCUCACAAGCGGUCGUUGCCACCCCCUGCCGGUCCUCGCAGUCCACGCCGCAGAGGCUCGAGCCACACUCGGUUCAACCUUUCACCUACCAUUAUCGGUAGCGACACUGUGGCCCCACCGUCUGGCUCCUCGACGCUCCAAAGCGACGUUGCACAGCUCAUGAGCUUCCCGGUGGAUGCGGCAACCAACGUCAACGUCGUGCCCGUUGCGACACCAAGGACGGACAUGGAGGUUCUCCCCGAGUACGAGUAUCGAUCGCCCGAGGCGGUGGUGGAGCACAUUGAGGAGCCGUCCAGAUCGACGCUUCCCCCUGGCGUGCUCGCCGAGCACUUUGCCGACGACGACGACCUCCGUCCGCUCUGGAACCGCAGUGGUUACAAACGCAACACGUCACCUCAAGACCCGUCCACUCUGAUGGACCUUGACUUUCCCGCUUCCUUCUCCGAUGGCCCCAUCGCCCUCCCCACCGACGUCCCAGAUCGCCCCCAGAUUGGACCUGGUGUCAUGCCCAAGCGGUGGCUCGAGAACCUCCACCCACACAAGCUGUGGCAACCAUUCAUCAACGAGCUUCCUCGCCCUCACGUGGGAAAGACUCCGCCAUCGCGCUCCUCGUCACUUGCAGUCGGUCCUGACGAUCCUCCAGUGCCAGCUCCCACUGAGCCGGUUCUGGAAUCGGAACCUCUCACCCUCGACGAGGUGUGGGCCGCUCUGCCUGGUGGACUUGAACACCACAGUGACUGGUACUUUUGCCCCGACUGCUGGGGAUGGUUCCACAUUGUGGUCGGCGACGGCAAGCCUCCUAUUGCCACCAUGGACGAGUGGGAGGCCAAGACCAAGGACACGUUUGACACCCCGGACGACUUUGUCAAGGCCCACACGGAACGCAUGCGUUUGACGACCCGGCUGUCGGACAUUGACCAGUCGCGCGUACGCGCACUCCAGAGCCAACUUCACCUGCACGAAUUCCCCGGGUUGAUUGAACCCACUACCGAGACGCGCAUUGAACGAAUCGAAGUCGAAGGCCACACUGGCUUUCCUCCCCUAGACCCCAACGCAUAUGGCCAACCCCCGCCAGAGUUGACUGAAUACGCCAAACCAACUCAAGAUGGCACCAUGCUCUAUGUGAGCUGCGCUUCAGAUGUUUGGGUCGCUGUCGACAAGGGCCCGAUUCCUGGUCAGCUCCCGCCUGGUCUUGUGAAGCGGUUCACCCACGAGAAGGUGGAAAACCCAAACGUCGGCAUGACUGGCACACAGAGUGUCACAGAAGCCUGGAACCUGGUGGUCACCCUGAUCCAGAACCCUCUGUUCCGCGGCAAGAGAGGGUGGGUCAAGAUGGAGAACCAGACUUUCCGCAACAAGAUUGGUGCCUCUCUGCACUCGUCACAUCUCCUGUAUCAGAUGGGCUUUGGCUGCCGCGAGGAGCCUGAAGGAUACCGUGUUGGCCCAUUCACGAAGGGCGACGUGAUUAGCGACGCCGAUGUAGAGCAGAUGGACAGGUACCUUGUUCGCACCUGGAUCGAGGUUUGCCUCUUCCUGGAGAGCUAUCGCCUUGAAAACCGUCUCCCGCCCGUCGCCAGCGAGUUUGUACACGCAAAGACUUUUGGCGCGAUUGUCGACGACAGGUUGCAGUUGUCAAAGAUCCCAGAAUUGAGCAUUCCUUUCGAGGUCAACACCUUCAAGAAGGACCUGGCUCGACUGGGUGUCAUGUGCCGUGACACGGUACGCACUGUGGAAGAGGCAUACGACAUGCAGGUGUCUUGCGACCACAAGAACACUGCCGUCUAUCUCGGCUCGCUGGAAAAGCUCGCCCGCGCGCAUGUUCCUGGAAACGAGCAGCUCCAGAUCAAGGUCGCCACUGAGCGCUCGCUUGACCGCUACACGGAGGAGGAUAUCCAAACUGCGUACGCUCGCAUCGGUCUCACGGCCGAAUACGUCUCAUCGGUGAUGAUCGAGCUCGACGACUUUCCGUCUGAUCAGAUCCUCAAGAUGCACCGUGAAGAGAUGGACAGGGCGUCGGAUCCCACCUCGCGCUCAGACGUCAGCCGCGCGCUUGUCAUUAUCGGCAAAGAGCGUGGAGACCAGCAAAUGAUCACGUUGGGUCGCACGAACGGUGUCUAUCUGUCUCUCGACCAGGCGUACACCGAGUUCAACCUCUCCCGUGAUUCGAACAUUGAUGACGAGAUGCUGAUUCUUCAAUACGAGACCUGGAUCUCUGACCGUCCAUCACGUCACGACCACUACCGCAUGGCACUCUCGAUCAUUGCCAAUGCCGAGGGAGAGGAGCGUCCUGUCCUUCAGGCCUUCCUGCAAGGCAAGGACAUUUCAGAGCUGCAGCCACCAGCUCGCCGAGACCUUCCGGCUGGUCUUAGGAACAUUGGAAACACGUGUUACCUUAACUCGGUCCUCCAGUUCCUCUACGCCAUCAAGCCAGUCCGUGACGCUGUCAUUUCGUUUGACGCCACCGAGGCCGAGCCUCCCAGCGCCGACGAGACGGAGAAGGAGAUGGAGAAGCGCGUCAAGGUCCAGUCCUCCCAGCGAUUUGUCAAGCUUCUUGGUGAACUGUUCAGCGACAUGUACUCGACCAGCAGCAGCGCCGUCGUGCCCCGCGAGGAGCUUGCCCGACUGGCGAUUCUCCCCAUCGAUGUCAUUAGCGAGCGCAGGGACGCCAUUCCUGUGCCCAAGAGCCGUGUGACCAUUGACUCACUUCCCAUCAUCCUGUCGCCAGACACGUCCGUCACGUCGUCGGGUGUGGCCACUGCAGCAAACUCUGGUCCUCCUAGCCCUCUCUCCUCGCCUCCGCCAUUCCCUCCCGUCGAACCAUCAGAGGAACCCAUUUCGCCCAUUUCGCCCAAACGGCCCUCCAUACUCGGAAAGCGCGCUAGCCAGGACCGCGACUCUGCGUUUGGAGGCUCUGAGGAGCGUCUUCGUCGCUUGACCGACACCGAGGACCUUAUUGAGCUCGACUCCGAGUCGACUACCCCGCAGCGCAGCAACACGGAUGUAGACAUGGACCCGCCGACGCGCGAGGACAGCGAGGUUCCUUCAGCGGUCGACCUGUCGCAAUUGGAGCUCGCCUCGCCAUUGACCGAGGGCCCCAAGCCCUUGGUCGACACGGGCAUUGCCACCCCAGGUCCCACGCCCGAGCCUGCCCAGAAGCCUGCUGGCCCUCCCCCUCCUCUUCCCCCUCGCCGCCGCUCCAUGGCGCUGGUUGCGGCGGAGAAGUUUGGUCUGCAGCAGGACGCUGCCGAGAUCCUCAUCAACGUCCUCGCCCAGCUCGAGUGUGCCUUUGAGGUCCCGCCCAUUGACGGCCGCCCACAGCCCAACCUCAUUUCCAAUCUGUUCUCGGCCAAGUUCCAGCAGCAGAUGCUACUCGAGUCGGCUGACGGAGGCGUCGAGACGCACGCACCGGUCGAGUCGGUCUUUGUCCACCCCAUCAUUGGUGUGGAGGAGGACGGCAAGGACCUGUACGACUGUCUCGCCGAGCUGUACCUGGGUGGUGCGGAGAUUGAGUAUGCUGGCCAGAAGGGAUUCAAGAUGGACCUGAUCAACGAGCUGCCGCCAAUGCUCUACAUUCAGAUGAGGCGUUCGCAGUACGACCCCGUCAAGCGGAGCCAGACCAAGACCAACACACACGUGCCGUUUGACCGCACGCUCUCCAUGGACCGCUUCCUUGCGAGUGCAGAUGCGGCCAAGCGCGAGCGCUCCAUCAAGCUCACCCGCGAUAUGAUGCGCAUGCGCGCGAAGCGCCACGAGCUUAAGAACCACAAGCCAAUGUCCAUCCCUGACACGUACCGCUUUGUCCGUGACGCACUCAUCUCGGACUCUACGAUGAAGGCCCUCAGCUCGCCAGAACAGGCCGACGAGAUGAGCUACCUCGCCAGUGACCUGUCUCCGGACUUGUUCGAGGCCCUGGCCAACGAGGCCACGGACAUUGAGCACGAGAUUGCCUCGCUUGAUGAGAGCCUGCCUGCCGUCAAGACUGAACUCGAGGCUCUGUGGGCCGACUCGUCCAACGUCGAGUACGAGCUCGUCUCGGUGUUUGUUCACGGCGGUACCGGCACCGGAGGCCAUUACUGGACCUACCAGGCCGACCUGCCUCGUGAUGGCAACAAGUUCUUUUACUACUCGGACGAAAAAGUCAAGGACGUGCCGGCCACAGACGUGUUCAGCGACAAGGCCGCACAGGGCGUGAGCCCGGCGCUGCUGUGCUAUGUGCGCAAGGACUGCAGCGUGGUGGAUACCCUGCAUCGCGCAGAAGAGCAAGAGGCCGUGGACUCGUCAGCGUUCGACACGGGAGUUGCGUCACCAGCGGACGAUACCCAGGUGACGGUGCUGCCUGCGAGCGAGGCGAUGGACACGCAAGGGUGGUAG